GGACUAUGUCCGUAAAGCAAGCCAGCGAAGGCGAGCAUCUACGGCAGGCGUCGCUCGAAGCGAUCAGUGCAUGAGUGCAUCCCCAAUAGGCUUUCGAUGAGCCGCAUUGUCGCCCUUCAAAGGAGCGACAAAGAUACAACUCAAGGCAUAGGCAAGGAGCGUCCACUCUCAUCACGUAUAUGUCCCCACGAAGGGUACCAGGAAUAGUGGACAGACGCUUGACAUGGCCCCUAUGAGACACAGUCCCUCUACUUGACCUCGUACCCGGAUGGAGUACGGCCCAAGACACCGUUAUGCUGGCAGAGCACAACGGAAUAGCUAGCAAACAUGCGUAUCUAAAUGCCGCUAGUGACGCGAGAUUGGUUGGCAUGUGUGCCAUCACCCAACAAGAGCCCCAAUGUUCAGCGGACGCACCCGCGCAAACAUACGUGGCGCACUGUUGAAGUUCGACAGGCUCCUGCGAGUGAAGACAGCACCUCUUUGACUCAUGUGCUUCACCAGCUGUUCACCGCGCUAUUCACGACCUAGAGCCAAUGUGGCUCGCGCAAGUAACGUCAGACCCCUGAAACAGGGACCGACAAAACUUACACCACCAGGAACAUAUGUUUGGACCGCCUACAAC